AUGGAGAAUAUAAGUAGAACUGUUAGUGUUUGUGAGACAACUAAUAAUAAUGAAGACAAUGAUGAACUACCUAGUAGUAUCUCAGCUGAUAACAGCCCUAUCAGUAGUGAAAAUAUCCUGUUUCCCACCCAUACACACAACAUUGACAUAGGAACUAGAAAUGAUAAUGGUAAUGGAGCUCCUAAGAUUUCCGAUAUUAUUGAAGAAGCUGUAAUAACAGACGAUACUACUAGACUCAAAGAAAUUUUGAAGUCAACUCCCAAUGUAAGCAAAGCUUUAAACAAGCAAAGAGAAUCUGCUUUGAUACUAGCUGUGAAAUUGACAAAGUAUGAUAUUGUAAAAGUGCUCUUAGAAAGCCAUUUUUGUGACGCUAACAAAUUGAAUGUGAAUAACUUCUCUCCGUUAGAUGUGGCUCUGAUAACCACAUUUGAUAAUCGGUUAGAACCUCGCCACUCAGUUUGUUGGAAGAUAGUGUCUCUAUUAUUGGAACAUGGUGCUAAGCCUUCUUCUCGUGAUGCCAUGAUGUACGUGGUUCGUACAGCUUUUAAAUAUAUUGAUGAUCAAUUCAUUAAUCAGUUGAUUGAAAUCUUCUUGAAUGGUACGCUAGCACCUAUUGCUCAUGAACUUUUAUUGGUCAAACUUCAUCGCUCUCAACCAAUUUAUGAUGGCAACACUGACCAUUUUCUUAUGAAGAUUUCAUGGUUAGCUUUAAAAAUCAUAAAGCAAACCGACAUGGCUUCCUUGUGUGACAUCAUCAACAGUUUUGUAUAUUAUGUGGAUUCUCAUUGGACAUCUAGAGAUUGUCAAGUCAGAACCCUGAGAAAUUUGGUUCUGUAUGCUUCGGCUACUGGCAGAUCCUGGAAAAAACAUGAGAUUCUUCUAGUCAACAGAGUUUCAGAAAGUCUUGCCAAUUGGUGCCAAAAUUUACAAGUACAUGUACCUUCCUUACAACAUUUAUGUCGAGUGACAAUUCGCCAAAGUGCUAAAAGAUCUGUUAAUGAUUUAACAGAGAAUCUAUCACUACCGAAUUCUCUCAAACAGUAUUUAUUAUUGUGUGAUGUGGAUAAGAUUAUUGAGUUGAACAAUAGCUUGAAUAAUAUUAAUUUCUAG